CAUUGCCCUUGCAGUGCUGCCUGCCUGGGGCACACUCUGCCACCGCAGCAGACCCUGCACAGGCUGCUGGGCUCUUUGGGGAGCCUUCUGCUGCCAGAAGGGCAAUUUCCAACCAUUAUGGAUUUUACUUCAGAAAUUGUUUUCCCAUAACUGAAAAUAUUAAAUUUUAAUUGCUGGUUUUUGUGAGGGGAUGAGGGGGAGGGCACUUUGUGUGGAAAAAGUGACGCUGAAGCAUUGACCUUCUGAGAAGUGGAACAACAAAGAUCACCAGAGACUCCAUCAGCCUGAGAGAUGACAAGGAAGAACUUUUAGUGCACUAGAGUUCAUUGAUGAAUUUCAACGCUGCCGAACUGCCACAGCGGGCUCUGGGACAACUGUGUCCUGCACCAACACCUGUGGCACCCACAGAUCACCUUCUCUGCAUUUACCCUGCAAGAUUUCUCUGGACUAAACAAACCCAGCUAACGGCCUCACAGGAAGCAGAGACGGCCCAGCAUGAACAACAGCACUGAAAAUAACGCACUGCAGGGUGGCAUCGCACUACUUCAGCUGAUUGUCUACAUCCCAGUGCUCGCUUUGGGGAUCCCACUGAACGCAAUUGCCUUCUGGGUCUUCUGCUGCAAAUUCAAGGGGUGGACUGAGACCAAGGUGUACAUGAUCAACCUCAUCGUCGCCGAUAGUCUCCUGCUCUGUUCCCUGCCUUUCUUAAUGUAUUUUACCAAGUACAACCAUCCCAUAGACCACCUGUGUACUGCCACAAGCAAUAUGUAUUUUACAAAUAUGCCUAUGAGCGUCUUUAUCAUAACCUUGAUUGCAAUUGAUCGAUACAUUGCAAUCAAGUUCCCUCUAAAAGCAAAGGUUUUUCGAUCCCCACUGAAAUCAGCUUCUAUCUGUGGCUUUCUUUGGAUAAUGCUCAUAAUUUAUUCCAAUGUCCGUCCAAAACUUCAGAAUAGAUGGGAAAGAUUCUGCUUUCGUAGGCGAUAUCUUGGUCCUAGCUAUCUUUCUUUAUUCGGUAAUAUCUUUGGAUAUUUUAUUCCCUUAGGUAUUGUGAUUUUUUGCUCAGUACAAAUCAUCAGAUGUCUCAAAAAGAACAUGGCCACAAGCCCCCAUGAGACAAAAUUAAUCCAGAAGGCAGUGCACAUUGUUUCUGUGAAUUUGUGUGUGUUCACUGUAUGUUUCUCCCCUUUCUACAUUACAAUGAUCAUGCGGUUCAUAGUGGAUGUUACUGGAGCUUCUUCUCUGGUGUCAGCAGUUAACACCUCUGUUAAGAUCUCUGCAUGCUUAGCAAAUGUUAACUGCUGUUUGGAUGCAUUUUGCUAUUAUUUUGCAGCCAAGGAAUUUCCAGAAUUUUCUUCUAUGUUCUCCACCUGUAUGAGGUCCAAAACAAAAGAAAGGCAAGAGUCACAGCCAUCCACAGGUCAAGUCAUGGCAUGAACAAGGUGCAGUGCAUGAGAUGUUAAGUGUCACUCUGCUGCUGAAGUUCUGAGGCAGAGGGUAUGGAACCACCUACAGUAUGUGCAGUCAUUGUAGGUAUAGGCAAACCUGCAAAACAGAGCAACUCCCACCAAAGGGUCUGAUAUUAACUUGAAUUUUGCCCUUCUGUCCUCAGUGACUUGACUUCAGCUCUGCUUAUAGUCUUCUAUCAUUGUAUGGCAGCUUCAGGCACCUCCUGGUGAUUUUGGCUGGCUUCAUGGUCCCUCACUUUCAGUGUCUUCUGAAUAAUAAACCUCUCAAAAAUUUCCUCCACGGACUGCAAACCCAUGUACUGCUCAUUUAAACCUAGAGACCAUUAACUUUCUAAGUGAAAAUUAACAAUUAUUUCCCCUACAGAAGACUGUCAUCUUUCUCUUCCUGCAAACAGCAGUCUGAAACCUUUGUCCAGACAUUGUCCAAACAACAUAGGAAAUUACUAUUCCCAUAACAGAAAUUAUCACCCACCCAAAGUUAGAUCUAUCUGCUUUGUGUCAAUACUUUGGCAGGUGGCCCAACAAGAUGGAAGCUGCAGUGAGCAACUAUGGCAUAAAAAUGAAUGAAACUACUCAGGUCAUUCAGCUGAUAAUUUAUGUCACAAUUUUCAUCUUUGGUGUAUUAUUUAAUGCUCUGGCAUUACUGGUGUUUCCCUGCAAGCAGAAAUAAAGGGCUGUGUGUGUAUGUGACAAAUUUAAUUGUUGCACAUUUUUUGGCCAUCAUUCUGCCUUUUAAAGUCACUAUUCAUUUAUUACCAUUAUACACAGGAGUAUUAGUAGUGCCAAAUUAUACUGGAGAUUGU